GAAGACUUCACACGAUUCUGGAACGAAUUCUGGAACUUUCCUAAAUGGAAAGUUGCUACGAUAAUGUUAAUUAUGUCUUUAAAUGUGGUUAAUGGCGAGUUUUACCAGCUAGUUUAGGAGUUAUUACAGUCUACAGAAGGAGGAGAGAGACAUUUGACUUCAUUAGACAGAGAGGGACAGGUAACUCUCCGUGGACCAGGUGAGGAGCAGAUGUCUCAGCUUCGGUCUGAACCAGUGGCACUGAACCAAACCUGUCCACCAUGUCGGUCUGACUGAACUCCACCAGCAGCCUGUAUCCACCAUUCCUUCAGUGUUUCCCUCAAGCUUCAUAGACUCGUGAAGAUCCUUGAAGAUGUUUCAUCUCCCAUUCAAGAGGCUUCCUCAGUUUUGACUGGGUGGUAGGGAAAUCUCACGUAUCUGAUCCAAAAUUAUUAACUCUUACAGUAUAUUUACUGUCAGAGUCAGUCAGUGUUAGGUAAACGUCAUAACCACUACACUACGGAAACUGCACGGACACCAGCAACACUCAUGGACACAGGUGCAGCACUGUGGUCGAGAACAUCAUUCAAAACACCAGUGAAGGCCUAGGUCUGAAAUGCAGGGCCUGCCACUGGAUUUUCGAGACAAUAGUAUGUUCCAUAUAUGUGUAUGCAUCAGCAACUAUAAUCCACUGAUGUAAUACAGUUGUAGUUGUAGUAAAUAAAUGCUGAACACAUUUUAUAAACACAUGUAGAAGAAACGUGCUAAUGUUCUUAAUACAACAGCCUGAAUGAGUCUGGUAUCAACAACCAUGCCACAUUCAUAUUUAAAUCACCUUUCUUCCCUGUUCUGAUGCCUAAAUGCAUUGGGUUGCUGCCAUGUAAUUGGCUGACCAGAUAUUUGUGUUAAUGAGCAAUUGAACAGGUGAACCUAAUAAAAUGGAUGGUGAGUGUGAAUACUUUAUAUUCCACUCUUAAAGGGAGGCAGGGAUGACAACAGUUGCAUUCCUCCUUUUUAUGAACAAACCAAAUUUAUCAUGUGGAGUUGGGGGGCUAUGAUGAGGACCGACUGUGAAAUAAAUAAGAAUUUAAAAAAGAAGAAGGAGAAAACAAAAACCAAUAAUUUAAAAAGCACCAGCAGUGUCUGUGUAUGUCUGGGUCCACUUAGGGGUUUGUAGUCCCUUAGAUAACAUCAAAUUGUAACUGAAGAAAGUUUCUAAUAACCAAAUACCCAACACUCCAGGCUGCUCCACUCUGCAAACACAUGGCUGCAGCUCGAACAUGGCAGGCUCUUUAUCUCCACCUUGUGGCAUGAGCCUCACACUGCAUCCUCCUUGUCUGCUGCUUUUGCUUAAACAUACUCAUAUUCAAGUCCCCACUGUGAGACAGCAGUGGGCCAUUUUAAAUUGUACAGAAACUCUUCAAGGUUCUUUAAGUGGAUGAGAUGGGGGACAGACAUAACAUCCACAGUUGCUAUCCUGUGCAAAAUUAAUUUGAAAGUUUAUCCAAAGCUGAUAUGGGGCCUCAACAGUCUGAGUCAGUUGAAGUGGAUAUUCUCCAGAGUUUAACGUCUUUUCACUGAACAUUGUUUUCCUGUUUAGCUAACACACAAAUAGGAUGGAUUUUGUCCCCCAUCACUUCUAUUGGAGGCACAUAAGGAGGGUAUCUCUUGAUGACGCAACAAUAUACAGGACUGUGUGCUCUAAAACUGACCAGAGAUCUUUGGAAAGUUUAUCUGGUAGGGGGUGGAGGAGGCAGGUUGUAGGGUUUUGAAGCCAACAACAUUUUAGACAAUGACUCAAGAUGAGUGUAAACAGAGACAAUCUGGGAUUUAACAUAAAACUUGACUGGUUCUGCAGAAGAAGCUGAAGAUGUGGGACAAAAUUUGUUUGGCUACAUUGUCAGAAAGAGCUGUAAAGUUCAAAUGAGAACAUAGUUACAGCCAUUUAGAGCAUGACUUCCGGUUUCAGAGUGCUACAUCAACUAAAGUUUGUCCUAUUUUGAUGGUUUAUUAUGUUUUGAUUAACAUUAUGUUUCAGGAUAUUCUACAUUCCCUCUCAUUCAUUCACAGUAACUGACCACCAGCCAGUGACAGCAGUAUAAUAAAGGGGGCACGGGCUGACCGGAGCUGCCUCAUUAAUAUGCAGCGUGUCCACAUAAUGUCCCUCUGUGGUUUAUAAUAAUGGCUCAGUGUUUCUGAGUGUGUGGACGUUGCCCUCUCAGUCUGCCUCAGAGGGGAAGUGACUGGAUUACACGCUAAUCCCAUUAUGAUGCUGGUGCCAUGUGAGGGCCGGUUGGAGGGAUUAGAAACCAAAAGGGUCGAGCUUCAGGAUGUCCAGAUCAGCAGCAAACUGGGUGACUGUAAAUACUGACACUGAUACACACACUCUGAUGGCAUAUGUAAACAGCUCAGGUGACAAUGACACCGACCGACAAGGGAUCUUCAUCUGUCAUCUGUAGAUACACUGACAUGGUAUGUAUUGGUUGUUUUUAUGACUUGAUGUCUUUGAUUUGAUCUCAGCACCGGCAGUUCUCAACCUAACACCCCCCCAAGCAAACAUUUGAUGGAUAACAGCAGCCAAGUUUGGUCUGGAAUCUGGAGUCUGGAGGGAGUCUGCUCAUGUGUACAUUUUUGGAUCGAGCUGCAGCCGAUGGUUUACCAAAGGUCUGUUUUGGGAGACAUGACGGAUGAGAGAAUGAUUAACCUGGCUGGCAAAGAGGAUGUGUGUGUCACUGUCAGAGGUGUCAGUGUGUGAAGGUCCGGGUGAGGAGACCGAGAUCUCACACUCAAACAAAGACGGCAGAACAUCUGACCGAGACAGAGACGAGAGUCGGUGUCAGGGAGACUAAGUAGACAGUCGUCAGCAACAGGCAGUAUAUUGAACUCAAAGGACUGUAUUACUUCUCAAACAGCCUUUGUUCUGAAAGUGUUCUUUGACUCCCUUGGUCCCAUGCAGCCAGCAGAGUAAGUGCCAUUUGAAAGUAAAGCAGCAGCAGCAACAACAGCUGCGACUAUGUCAAGGUCUGAGGAAGCAGUUAGAGUCUGAUACAGCAAGAAAGAGAGAAAAAAAGAACAUUUCUACUGAAGCAGGAGCAGGUUCAACAGACACACCACUGGUGAAUAUAAUCAGUACAGGCUGUCUUCAUCCUCUACCUCCACAUCCUCCACUCCAGCUGCAACUUCAGCUCCUGCAGCAAACAAACAUAAUCAAAUCCUCGGCCAGUCCGGCUCGUCUGGCUCCUCCAUAACCUGCAGCAGUCUUAGUCGUGGCCAUGGCGUCAGCAGCUCUGGAGCUGAUGGGUUUCUUCCUGGGCCUGCUGGGGAUGGUGGGCACCCUGGUCGCCACAGUGCUGCCAUACUGGCAGACCUCUGCCCACAUCGGCUCCAACAUCGUCACGGCUGUGGCCAACAUGAGGGGCCUGUGGAUGGAGUGUGUGUAUCAGAGCACAGGGGCCUUCCAGUGUGAGACCUACAACUCCAUGCUGGCCCUUCCCUCCGACCUGCAGGCCUCGCGUGCUCUCAUGGUCAUCUCCGUGGUGAUGUCUAUCCUCGCGAUUGCCAUGGCGUCCCUGGGGAUGCAGUGCACUCUUUGCCUGGAGGGCUCAGGUGCAGUGAAGAGUCGCGUGGCUGGUGCCGGCGGGGGCUUAUUCUUUACUGCGGGCUUUCUGGCGCUUAUACCUGUGGCGUGGACCACGCACGAGGUUGUCCAGACCUUCUACAGACCAAAUGUACCUGCCAGCAUGAAGUACGAGCUGGGGGAGUGCAUAUACGUUGGUCUGGCCUCAGCGCUCAUCUCCAUGCUGGGAGGGGGGAUGCUGUGUGUGUCGUGCUGCGAGGAGCAGGACGGCGGGCGCGGGAGGCGGCACGGUGGAGGGUAUCCGUAUCCGGCUGGGGGCGGUGUGUCAGGCACAGGGGUACGGACGACCUCGCAGAUCUACCGCAAUCCCACCCUGCAGGUGGGGGGCAUCAACACACCCAGCAGGGGGCAGACACUGGUACGAAGCACCAGUGACAGCUCCCACUCGGGCACACGCGGAGUCCAGGGAGGCAAGAAGCCCACGGCGGCAGGUUAUGAUGUCACAGGAUACGUCUGAGGUUACCGCCAGUCCAUCACACCUAUGAAUAUUGUUCUCUGACAACUUACAUUCAAUUAAAUGUAUUUAUAUAGUCUAUGCACUCACAUGUUUUCAUUAUCGUAUGCCUGGUGGAGCAACAACCUGUUGCUGCAAUCUGUGGUGGAGGAGGACGGUUUAAAGUGUCAGCAGAGAAAACACAAAACAUUUUUACAAUUAUCUCUGUAUCUUCUCUGAAGCCUGUAUACUUUAAAAAUGUCACACAUUGACAUUACCUUGGUAGUAACUCAUCUGUUGUGUUGUAAGAUCGAUUUGAUUGUGUUUUUCAGUGCUGUCGUUACAGUAGAGAAUCCUGCCAGUGCCACUGUGCAGAAAGAUAAAACAUAUAUAAGAAAAAAAAGCCUGACAUUGAUAGAUAUUGGGUAACUUUUAAUCAUUUAAACGCUCCACUGCUGAUUCUCAACUAUCAGGUGGGACAAAAGACUCUCAAAUGUCACUCAGCUAUUUACUGUAUCUGUAAAAAGUCUGGUAACUAACCUUCACUUUUCAACAUGGAAGCUGCAGGCAGCCCUGACAUUUUUACUCUGAGCCCUACAGAAAUACUCACAGCACUGUAUCAUCUGACACUCAGGUUGUAUUGACACACUGCAGUAUAUUGAUUAGUUAGAAAGUGCACCGGACUGUAAAAUGUUUGCUGGGCGUUCACAGGAUUUUACCCAGUGCCGGGGGUUUGCCUGUACUCAGCCUCUAUAUUUAUGUAAAUGGAGAAGUGCAGCGAUGACAUAUUGUUGUAGUCCAACCUGGAAGUUAGCAUCACACUGGUUCCUUCAACAAAAAGCCAGUGGGGUUUUUUUAUUACAGAAAAUAAACUGUGACCAACAGAAAUUGGUGAUACUUAAACGUUUAGUUGAUCAGAUAAUCUUCACAGAUGAACACCUAACAAGCUAAUGUUAGGCUAUAAACCAACUACACCACGGUCACAUGACGUCAACGUCUCCACCACUAAGAGCUCUUCUACAAAAGCCUUUCUUCUUAGAAAGUUGGUGAGAGUUUGAAAGAGUGUGAGUAGAAACACGUCUUCUUUAGUUUUGUUUGUUUUAUUCUCCAUCAGCUGAUUGUUUUUAGUUUAUUUUAUAUUUGAAAAUAAAGGCAAACCUAUGUGCUUUGUUGAACAGUUUUUCCUCAUGAUUGAAAUGUAUUUUGACCUGUCACAGCAGGAGAAGCACAGGUGGAACUAAUAUGACUGAUGACAGUGCUGUUGCAUUUAUGUGUCCUAAGUAAGCCAUGACAGUGAGUCAGCACAACGAUUCCACCUAUAAUUAGUAGUUUUACACCUGUGUCUGGGGAGUCUGGAGGCCAGGUCAACACCUUGGGCUCUUUGUCGUGUUCCUUGAGACAUUUCUGAGCACUUUUAUGGUGUGGUGGGAGCACUGUCCUGCUGGGGGGGGGGCUGCCACUGGGGAGUGCUGUUGCCAUGAGGUGGAUGUCUCAAAGUAACAUCCAGAUGAAUGAAGGACCCAACAGAGCUAGAAAAUAUGUUGGAAAAAUGAAAACACUGCAGCUCACCUGUCAAGCUCAGGGGGAAAGUAGAGUCUGGGAGCUGAACUGGUUCACCCAACACACAUUUGACCGAGAGUACGCUGGAGAUAAGUAGACUAUGGACACAUACAUUGAGGCUGUGAGAAAGACAAACACAACCUAAAAAACACUGUAAAACACACUGUUUUUGGUCACAGAUGGUGAACCUUGCCACCAAGAGAAGUAGAUUAUUUUCAGACAUGAAUCUUAGUAACUGAAUAUCUGAUGACAGUCCACGUUUGACCUGCAACUAAACUAUUUUGACAAAAUGUUUCUCUGUUAAUGAAUAUUUUCAGUUUUCUUGAAAACAGAACUGGUUUGGUUCUCAGAAGUAAAACGCCUCAGUGCAUAAGAAAGUGUGUUAUGCGUUGGAUACAGUGCACAGUGCUGCAGCACAUAAAUAAUAUCAGUGUGAUGAUAAGUGUCAUUAUAAGGACUAUAUGUGUUAUGUCUGUUGAUAAAUGUAUGGAUUGAUUCUCUUCUUUGGCCUCUUCUCUCAAAAGCUGAUAGUGACUGAAUGUCUCCAUCUAGUGUCCAAAGGAAGAAUGACAUGUAAUACAAACAAGUCAUUACGGUUGACCUUCAUGUUACCCAGCAGGGGAACUGGUUGACUGAUGGUGAGUCACUGUGUAUUGACCCAUCUCCUCUGUUGUGCUGUUUAUUCAAGCAAAAAAGUCCAUCUGAGCAAAUUCAUUUAUUCAGAUGGUGAAGACAUUUCUUUAGAUUUGUUGUUUUUUUAUUGUCAAUUGUUUGAAUUACACAAAUAAUGUAUUGACAAGAAAAAGUACAAAAAAAAAACUAUUGCUGUUCCAGAAAUUUCACAAUAAAUGUCAGUUUGGUGUAAAACAGACAUUCAUUAAUAUGACAAAGAUGACCACUUUAUAUUCAGAAAAAUAAAUACUACACUAUCAUUCA